AUGGCUGGAGGUGUGUGGGGCCAUGGCCGUAGUGGCCCUGUAGGUGCCUUAACUCUGACAGCUGUAGCUGAAGGGAUCCGGUCCAGCCAGGAGCAGCCCAUGGGACCCUUUCCCACAGUCCCUCAAGCUGAGCCCCUGGAGCUUGGACCUGAAGCUGAACCCCACACACAGACAUCCACCACUGCCUUUGAGGCCCAGCAUGGGAGUGGGGCAACUGCCCCCCCAGAUGGCAAUGAGCACUGCUCCCAGCAUACUGCUCAGGAGGCAGCCCCUGAGGGACUCCACCAGGCCCCUCAGGGUUCCUGGGAGGAGGGAGCCUUGGCUGACCUGGCACUGUACACUGCUGCCUGUCUGGAGGAGGCUGGCUUUGCAGGGACUCAGGCGACAGCUCUCACCCUAUCCUCAGCUCUGGAGGCCCGGGGAGAGCGGUUGGAGGACCAGGUGCAUGGCCUGGUGCGCGGGCUACUGACCCAGGUGCCCAGCCUGGCUGAGGGGAGACCCCGGAGGGCCGCCCUGCGGGUGUUAAGCGCCCUGGCUCUGGAGCACGCGCAAGACGUGGUGUGCGCGCUGCUGCCCCGCUCCCUGCCCCCAGACCGGGCAGCCAUGGAGCUGUGGCGAAGCCUGAGCCGGAACCAGCACGUAAACGGGCAGGUGCUGGUGCAACUGCUGUGGGCGUUGAAGGGCGCGGCGGGUCCCGAGCCCGAAGCGCUGGCGGCCACACGCGCCCUUGGGGAAAUGUUGUCCGUGUCCGGCUGCGUGGGAGCCACGAGAGGCUUCUACCCCCACCUGCUGUUAGCGCUGGUCACGCAGCUGCACGAGGUGGCUCGCAGCGCCUGCACUCCUGACAGCCCGAAGGUUUGGGCCCCCUGUCAGCGGGGGCCACCUCACAGCCAUGCCAGCUGCGCCGUGGAGGCCUUGAAGGCCCUGCUCACAGGCGACGGCGGCCGCAUGGUGGUCACGUGCAUGGAGCAGGCAGGAGGCUGGAGGAGGCUGGUAGGAGCCCACACGCACCUGGAGGGUGUUCUGCUGCUAGCCAGUGCCAUGGUGGCGCAUGCCGACCACCAUCUGCGAGGCCUCUUUGCAGACUCGCUUCCUCGGCUGCGCAGCGCCGACCCUCCCCAGCGCCUCACUGCUAUGGCCUUCUUCACUGGGCUGCUGCAGAGCUGGUCCACCGCACGGCUCCUACGGGAGGAGGUCAUCCUGGAACGGCUUCGCGCUUGGCAGCGAGACCCGGAGCCCACCGUGCGCUGGCUGGGUUUACUCGGCCUCGGCCACUUUGCGCUGAAUCGGGGGAAGGUUCGGCACGUGAGCACGCUGCUGCCAGCUGUACUGGGCGCGCUGGGCGAGGGCGACGCGCGGCUGGUCAGCGCGGCGCUGGGCGCUCUGCGGAGGUUACUGGGACAACCGCGGGCCCCUGUGCGGCUCCUGACCUCCGAGCUUGGGCCGCGCCUCCCGCCGCUGCUGGACGACGCCCGGGACUCAGUCCGCGCCUCGGCAAUCGGGCUCCUCGGGACUCUGGUGCGUCGGGGCCGCGGGGGGCUCCGGGUAGGGCUCCGUGGACCCUUGCGGAAGCUGGUGCUACAGAGUCUCGUGCCCCUGCUGCUGCGCUUACAUGACCCCAGCCCAGACACAGCUGAGAGCUCGGAAUGGACCCUGGUCCGCUGUGACCAGGCCCUUCGCUGGGGCCUCCUGGAAGAGGUGGUCACUGUGGCCCACUACGACAGCCCCGAGGCUCUAAGCCGUGUCUGCCAUCGCUUGGUUCAGAGAUACCCAAGUCACGUUCCCCGUUUCCUGAGCCAGACCCAGGGCUACCUGCGGAGUCCACAGGACCCGCUGCGCAGGGCAGCUACUGUGCUCAUAGGCUUCCUGGUCUAUCAUGCGAGCCCCAGGGAAGUCAGCCAGGAUCUACUGGACUCCCUAUUCCUGGACCUAGGGCUGCUGCAGAACGACCCCGAGUCGGCGGUGUCCGCGGCCGCGCACGUAUCCUGCCAGCAGGUGGCGCUGCUAGCGCGCUCGCGGGUCCGGCCCCGCUGCCAUCGGUUCUUUAGCCUUCUGCGCCGCCCACAUCCCCCACGGUCUGCGCCUCAGUACGCAGACAGCCCAUUCCAGCGCCGGAGCCUCACAGGCCGGUGGAGCUGUCCCAGAACCCGUUGAGCCUAGUGGUCCGUGCCCAAAUUCAUGGGCACCUCACCCAUGCUGCCCCAUAGUUCUUACCGGGGCAGAUCUGCAGAAGAGACCCUACCCCAGGAGUACCCUGGUGCUGGACACCAGUGCCCUUGCCUUGGGAUCUCUCUCCAGGGGCCCACUACAUGACAGCUGUGCGAUGUCAUCAACUGUUAUCAUUUCACCCUGGAGCCCUUCUUCUUGCACCCUUGGGUCCGUUUGUCCCCUGCCAGGCCCAUGGUUCUCUCAAACCCCUGGAGUAUACUCUCUGCCGGAGCUUGGGUCUAGUGUCUGGUCUGGGUGGGUCUGGGUAGCAUCUGCCUCCCAAGCAUGGGUCCGGUGGAGAUAUUGAAGUUGGUGCCACUGUAGACUGUCUCUGGGCCCCAGGAGGCCUGGCCUUCCCGAUUGUGCCAGCACUCACCACUUCUGUCCUGCUGCUUUUUGUUUUUCAAGGUAGGGUCUCGCUUUAGGUCUAGGCUGGCCUGGAAUUCACUGCGUAGUCUCAAACUGGCUUCAAACUCCUAUCUCUGCCUCCUGAGUGCUGGGAUUAAAGGCAUGGGCCACCACACCCAGCCACUCCUGUUUUCCACCUGUUCUCUUGUUACUCUAUUCUCCAACCCCUAUGUCAGACUCUCACCUGACCAUGGCCUUGUCUAAAAGAUGUCUUUGAAAUUCUUUCCUGCUGGAGAGCCGAAGUCAAGAUUGUACCUGUGGGUUAAAGUGUAGGGAACAGGCAUCCUACCCCCACCAGAUUAUGAGUAGUUAGCUAGUACCCAGUGCCCUGCACAGAGCUGACCAGGGUUGGCAUGGUUGGACAGAUAAAAGAGGCUGCUCUGGAGGCCACAAAAGCUGUGACCCCACUCCUCUAGGUUCUUGUCUAGGUGGCUUCCUCCACCUAGAAUCCCUGCCUGGAAUGUUCUCUUAUCCCACAAAGCCUCCAUAUGCACACAGGAUAUGCACAGUAUCAUGAAGAGUGGAGGCUGUUCCUACACCGGGGGCUCCCUGGGGACAACCAUGGGGCCUUACUUCCCCGGAACCUUCAUGGUAUUCAAAAUAAACAUGUGUGAACAUCA